GCUCAAAGCUCAUCCGGGUCAGAAGUCGUCAGCAUGGACACGGGAGAUGUGCUCGCAUCUCUGGGUGUAGAGGGAGCCACCGCGGCUGCGCAUGCGCUCUCUCUUCCAGCUGAGGCCUAUGGAAAUGAUGCCCAAUUAGAGGUAAUGUGGGCUAUGAAAGCCUACAAUCAUGCUGAAGUUUACUUCAACCUUAUUUCAUCAGUUGAUCCUAAAUUUCUAAAACUAACUAAAUCGGAUGAGGAGAUUUAUACUAAAUUUCGGGAAGCUUUUCCUGACCUCAAUAUUCAACUAUUGGACCCGGAGCUGUUGAAGUCAGCAGAGGCUAAAGAGAACUGGAGACCCUUUUGUAACCAGUUUGAAGGGAUUGUUGAGGAUUUCAACUAUGGUACACUACUACGUCUAGACUGUCAAAAGGACUACACUGAAGAGAACACAAUAUUUGCAACCAGAAUCCAGUUUUACGCCAUUGAGAUUGCCAGAAACAGAGAAGGCUACAAUGACUUUGUGCACAAUGCCAAUUCAAAAACCAAACAACUGAAAAAAGACAAAAGUUAAUCGUGACUGCAUGAUCUUUAAAGUGGCCUUCUAGGUCUCGAGGAGACUUUCAACACAUCAAGUUCAACAAUGGAGGAAUACCUUUAGAAAUUCCUGAGAUGAAAAGCUGAAACGUUUUUCUGUGUAAUCGUAUUUAAAAAAAGGCUUUUCAGUUGUAUUCAAGAGCAGGACGGUGGAUAAUUUAAGUGAAUUAUCAACUAACGUCUGGCAACAUUUUGUUUUUGUAAUAAAUCCAGUUUUUCCCUCUUGAAAAUGAAAUGGCUUGUUUGGUUAGUAACUGUACGGACAAACUCAACGUAACAGCAUUUACAAUUUUUCCAACUAAGACAAGAUAUUUACAAAAAAUUAAAGAGCCUUUUUCAUGUUACAUGUUGUAUUGAAUUGCACAAAAAUAAGUUGGUAAGAAACUCAUGGUCUUCUCACUUGAUCACAGUUUUCAGUUUUGGAGAGAUUCAUUUACUUUCUUUUUUCAUCAGGUGAACAAUCAUUGUUAUUUAACAACAGUGCAAUCCAUCGAGUGUGCCAUACUUUUGCUUUUAACAGCUUGUUUUUUAAUCCUGUCGAAAAUAAAAUGGACCCCCUAUCUAAA